CCAGCACACCAAAACACCAUCAGAUGGGUGGAUUGCUCCAAAAAUGUCCCGGAAUCAAGCAGCACUUUCAAUGCAUCAACAAUAGAUCUCACUUCUCUUCCUCCAAAUCUUCACUGUGGCCGACUCGACGUACCGAUGGAUUAUUCCAAGCCUUUCUGCGAUGGAAACAAGAUCACGCUUGGGCUGGCUAUGGUGCGACCUGCGAAUCCUAAAGGAGCUUUGUUCUUUAAUCCAGGAGGAAGUGAUGCUGGCGUUGUAGUUGCGUGGGACGUCGCGCUAAAUCUGACGCAUGCUUUUGAUGGGCUUGAAGACUUCGAUCUGUUAGUUCUGGAUGUGAGGGGAACUUUUAGUUCGAAUCCUUUGAACGUUUCGUUAGAAACUUUUGCUGGCAUGAGUGGUCCAUUCCCUACAAAUCAAACGGAAUUCGAUAUCGCCAAGAAUGCAUCUGCGACAAUUAUCCAAUCGUGGAUUGAUAAUAGCUCACCACCGGGUAUCGUUGAACACGUUGGGACGAGGGAGGUGGUGCAAGACUAUGAGAGCGUCCGAAGAGCUCUUGGCUAUGAUAGGAUUAAUUUCCUUGGGGGUUCACAGGGUGGGCAUCGAGCGGCUCAAUACGCGGUAGCAUUUCCUGAUCGAGUGGGGAAUUUUGUAUUGGACUCAGCGGCCCCGCACGGACUUCCAAUCUAUGACCAAGCGCAGGAUCAAGUAUUGGGAAUGAAUCGACUCAUGCUUCGUGCGGAUGCAUACUGCCAAAACAACGCUUCAUGUCCUUUCCACUCCCAGGGAAAAGGCAGUGUCCCUAAGGCAUUCCAUCAAAUAAUCGAAACAGCAAAACAAUCCCCCUACUUCAUCCCCGCCUGCGCGAACAGCACAACCUGCUCUCCAUACAUCACAGAUCUCGACAUCAGAAACGGAAUGCUAGCGGCUUUGAUCGUAUCGCCUGACUUCCCAGUGAUUCUGGAAGCAAUAAAUAGCACCUUGGCGGGCGAUGCAAGUGCGUUUGUUAGUCCGCCUCUAACUCUUGGGGGUGUAGUUGCUAUACCACUGCUUUGUAAUGAUUACAACGAUGGACUUAAGGUAAGACAAAGUCAUACCCAUGACGAGCGAAGUCAUUUUCGGUUGCAGCUUGCUUACUCCCACAAGCUUUACUGUUCCGCAUGGCCCUUCGAAGUCCCAAAGCAGGAGCCUACAACUACGAAUCAGUCCAUGCUAAUGGUCACCGCUGAUUUUGAUGGAAGCACACCAAUCGAAUGGGCAACCUUCUCCUGGAACACAGCACCAAAGUCGGUCCUAGUGGUUAGACACGGUGACGGCCACGUCUCAUUUCCUCUGACCGAUCAACCCUCCACAAAAAUAACGAAAGAUUUUCUCAACACUGGAAUUCUACCAUCAGCGCAGAACUCAACUCAGGUCACAGUGUAUACGCCUGGCAUGAAAUUUGCGGGGAUCUCAGAUCCGUAUGAUGUCCCUACAGGGCCGGAGGCGGGCGAU